AUGGGGCAGCUAGCAUGGACAGUGUUCUUGUGCAUCGCCAGCAGUGCUAGAUCGGGUGACACGAUUUUCGAUGAAACUGAUUCUGACGCACCAUCUACUGCUGGCUUUUCUGGAUAUGCUUUCGAGAUGCUCAUGGCAAAGCUAGACUACAUGCAGCACAGUGUUCUGGAACUACAGACCGAAUUGGCGAAGCAGCGGGAAGAGCAAGCUGACAGCAAGGCGCCCAUGACCGAGGGACUAGACCACAUACAGCACAGUUUUCUGGAGCUACAGGCCGAAUUGGCCAAAUACCGGGAAGAAGCUGCGCAAAGCCAAAAUAACAGCGAUAAGAGCCUGGUCGAUAUUAAGAGGAUCGUGCAGAACAAUCUCGAUUCGAUGCGUCGAUUGGAGGAUGAUGUUGCGCAAAUACUUACGCGUGUUACAACGAAGACCAAUCCUCUUUCAUAUGCACCCUAUCGUUCGUGCAGUGACAUUCGGAAUGCACAGUCUGGAGUAUAUAUUAUCCAGCCGAACGAUGAAAGCAACCCUUUUAUGGCGUACUGUCAGCGGGAUAUGAAGGGUGUAGACAUCUGGUUGGUGAUACAGCACCGAUUCGACGGAUCGCUAAACUUCUAUCGCAACUGGACCGAGUAUCGAAAUGGUUUUGGUGACAUUGAGAAGGAGUUCUGGAUCGGACUGGAACGACUAUAUCAGCUGACAUCGGGACGACCUCAUGAACUGAUGGUUGAGCUAAGAAACAUUAACGAGACUUAUAAAUUUGCACUCUAUACAGCAUUCGAGAUCGGCAGUGAAGCCGAACAUUACAAUCUAAAAACCCUUGGAGCGUACAACGGAACUGCAGGGGAUUCUCUGUCACAACACAAGAAUAUGAAAUUCUCGACGUACGAUCGUGAUAAUGACUUGAGAAACGGAAAUUGUGCCAAAUUAUUUGAGAGUGCCUGGUGGUACAGAAACUGCUAUCAUUCCAAUUUGAACGGGCUAUACAAAGAUACAGACAAAACUAAAUUGAACGACUGGACCUCAUUCAGUUGGGCCGGGUUGGCCGUCGGCAAUCCGUUCACAUCGCACCGCCAACAAAGCAUCCAGACGUGA